AUGGCUCGCGUGCAGGUGGCUCUUCGCAUCCGUCCGAUGAGCGCGGCCGAGCUGGCGGAGGGGGCCAGGCCCAUCGCCCACUGCGUGGAUGAGCAGAUCGUGGUGCUGCGAGACCCCAUGGAAGACCGUGAUGAUGUCCUGCGUGCCAGCCGCUCCCGGGAGAAAUCCUACAUCUUUGAUGUGGCUUUCGACUCCACGGCCACCCAGCUGCGGGAGGAUGCCAGCGGCACCGUCCGGGUGGCUGGCAUCACCGAGGUCUCUGCCAUCAGCGCCGAGGAGUGCUGCACGCCACCGGGCAAAGGGAAGACCUACACCAUGCUGGGCACUGACAGUGAGCCUGGCAUCUGCGCCCGCACCCUGGGUGACCUCUUCCAGGCCAUCAAGGACACCAGCGGUGACACAGAGUACGAGGUCUCCAUGUCGUACCUCGAGAUCUACAACGAGAUGAUCCGGGACCUGCUGAGCCCCUCGCUGGGCUGCCUGCAGCUGCGGGAGGAUCAGCACCGUGGGCAGAGGAUGAAGGAGGGAGCCCACAUCAACCGCUCGCUGCUGGCCCUGGGCAACUGCAUCAAAGCCCUGAGCGACCGGGCAAGGACCAAGUACAUCAACUAUCGCGACAGCAAGCUGACCCGCCUGCUCAAGGACUCGCUUGGGGGCAAGAGCCACACGGUGAUGAUCGCCCACAUCAGCCCGGCCAGCACCGCCUUCGAGGAGUCCCGCAGCACCCUCGCCUAUGCCCGCCGCGCCAAGAGCAUCCGCAGCACGGUGAGGCACAACCUGCUCAGCGUCUCAUCCCGCGUGGCACAGCAUGGCAGCGUCGUGGCUGACCUGCGCAGGGAGAUCCAGCGCCUCGUUCAGCUGCGUGGUGCCCGCUGCACCCACCCGGAGCUGGGCCCCGUACGGGAGGAGCUGCGGGGUGCCCUGCGCCACCUCCUCCUCCAGCUGGAGAGCACCCAGCUGCACACCCAGCACCUCCUCGCCCUCACCCGGUACAGGGGUGCAAACCCCCCCCCCAGGGAUGGGGGCCCCUGGUGA